CUAGCUUGGUACCUCUGUAGCAUUGACUUUUUCUCUCUCCAAUUCCUUGGAAUUUUGUGCUUCCUUACUUAUACUCGUUCAUUCUUCGUCACCAUCGCCUCCAAACUGUUUGUUAUACAAUUAUCUCACACAUUCACUUCAAUUUUUUUGUUUUUGUUUUUUCCUUUCACAUUCCUCCAUUUUCUAUAUCUUGUUCUUCUUCUGUGUUCUGCUUUAUAGUAUCAUAAUAUAUGCAAAUGACAAUAUUAUUUGUGUGCAUAUACAUCUUUUGAUCGUCAUUUUGAUAUAAGCUGGAAUUCUUAGAUUUUCGUAAUCCGUAGCUACAAAUUUAUAAAAAUCGUCGAAAAAUGUAACUACACCCACUUUUCUUCUUCAACCACAAAAAAGAAAGAAAAAAAAUAGUUGAAUUUUUUCAUAUAAUUUUGAUUCGCAAUGCUUUUUGGAUUAUCAUUAUACUGAGUUUUUUCUAUCGAUCUGGGUACGAUUCAGAAGCUCGUGUAGCAAAAGCCCUAAAAAAGCCUGCAAAUCAUGUAAUUUAUAUCCAUAGAACAGUUGCUCGCUGUCUUACUAUUUAAAAAAAAGAAAAAAAAAGAGUUAUUGAUUUGAUUUUUAUAGAUCAAUCGGAAUGCCGGAAUUCGAAGCCGGAACACCGACAUUGUCGGCGCCAGCGACGCCAGGAACGCCGGCGCCACUGAUGUCUUCUCUGCGCAUAGAUUCGCUGUCUUAUGAUCGAAAAUCAAUGGCGCGAUGCAAGUGCCUUCCAGUUGAUGCAUCCACGUGGGGUACACCACAUACCUGCAGCCUCACCGACUUCUCUGUGCCUGACAUCUCUCUUACUCGCAAGCUGGGAGCAGAGUUUGUUGGGACAUUUAUCCUGAUAUUUGCUGCAACGGCCGGACCAAUCGUAAACCAAAAGUACAAUCAAGCUGAAACACUUAUAGGCAAUGCAGCAUGUGCUGGUCUUGCCGUUAUGAUAGUGAUUUUAUCUACAGGUCACAUCUCGGGAGCUCAUCUUAACCCGUCUCUCACUAUUGCCUUUGCUGCACUUCGCCAUUUCCCGUGGGCUCAUGUACCGGCCUACAUAGCAGCGCAGGUUUCGGCCUCCAUUUGUGCUUCUUUUGCACUCAAAGGUGUUUUCCAUCCUUUCAUGUCCGGUGGUGUGACUGUCCCUUCUGUCAGCACCGGCCAGGCUUUCGCUCUUGAAUUUCUUAUAACCUUCAAUCUGCUAUUCGUGGUUACUGCUGUUGCCACUGAUACCCGCGCUGUGGGAGAAUUAGCAGGCAUAGCAGUUGGAGCCACCGUUAUGCUUAAUAUUCUUGUUGCGGGACCAUCGAGUGGUGGCUCAAUGAAUCCUGUCCGAACUUUGGGACCAGCAGUUGCAGCAGGAAAUUACAAGGUGAUAUGGGUAUACCUUCUGGCACCUACACUUGGAGCUCUUGCAGGGGCCGGUAUUUAUACUCUGGUUAAGCUUAAUGGACAAGAGGAAGAAGUCCCACGCCAAGUGAGGAGUUUCCGUCGCUAGACAACCUUGCUAAGGACAGCUGAACUAUGAAAUUUGUGUGAAUAAAGGCGAAGGACGAAAACUUCGCCAGUUUGAAUAAAUUAUGUAUGGUGAUGUACUCAAUUGUAUUGUUGUAUCCAAGCAUUUGAAGGAUGCAAACAUUUGUAUUUUUAUUUCUUUUUCUGUACUUUGACGUAUUUGGAGUCUGACGAGGAAACAGUUUCAUGAUUGUGCAAUAAUAUGUAUGAUCUGGUAAAUUAUUGUCCUCUGAGAACUCUGUACAUUAUACAUGAACUAAACUGUCACCCCAGCAAUGGAGAUAUUGUCUACAUUUGCCGUGUAAUCAGUCA